AUGUCGUACGAAAGGGAACAGCAUCGUCUAGAAUCGCUUCUUCAUGAACUGCUGGAUGACGACAGACCAUCAAUGUCUUCAGACAGUGAAGCUGGAAGUGACAUCGAACUGGAGAAUCCUUCACCAAACGAAAUACAGGAUUCAAACAGCGAAGAGGAGCUAAGUGACAGAGAAGCUUCAGGUAACAACAGCGCCUUUUAUUUAGGAAAGGAUAAAAGUACGAAAUGGAGCAAAGAACCUCACCGAAACGUCGUCAAUUCAUUGAGAAUUCGGCUAUGA